GAAAAAUCGGAAAUUGCUGCGAGCGAGUUUUUACUCGUAUCAGAGAUCGGCGUGAGGGCUUAAACGAGUCGGGAGACAAAAGAAAACCCCCUUUCGGGAUAGGGGUUCCCCCACCAACAAAACCCUAAAUCUUCGUGAUCUCUGUUCCUUUGAUUCCCCGCCUUCUCAUUUUUCCAGAAUCCACUGCCUUGGGAAGAACUCGUCUCGUUUCGGGAUUUGAAUUGAAGCGCAACGGUGUGCGUUCUGACCAUGGGGAAGAAGAAGAAGAGGGUGUCGUCUAAGGUAUGGUGCUAUUAUUGCGACAGAGAAUUCGACGACGAGAAGAUAUUGGUGCAGCAUCAGAAGGCCAAACACUUCAAGUGCCAUGUCUGUCACAAGAAGCUUUCUACUGCUGGUGGUAUGGUCAUCCACGUUCUUCAGGUUCACAAGGAGUCGGUCACCAAAGUUCCUAAUGCAAAACCAGGCAGAGAAUCGACAGAUAUUGAAAUAUAUGGAAUGCAAGGAAUUCCUCCCGAUGUCUUGGCAGCACACUAUGGCGAGGACGAAGAAGAGUCCUUAUCAAAGGUGGCCAAAGUGGAGAUGCCACCGACUCAGAUGGUUGGAGGUGUGGUGCCCGGAUCGCUGGGCAUUGUAUACCCUCCUCAGCCAGGUUUAGCUGCAAUUCAACCUAUUUAUCCUUCGACUGGACAAGCACAGCCUACUGCCUGGCCGGUUCCACCUCGUCCCCAACCUUGGUUCCCUCCAAAUUCAGCCGUUUCAAUUUCGGCUCCUGCCCCAUUGGGCUAUGCUCAGCAGCCACUAUUUCCUGUGCAGACUGCAAGGCCCUCACUUCCAGUAUCAUCAACUCCUAUGCUCCAGUCUUCACAAAUAACACAUCCUGGAUUGACUUCAACCACACCUUCAGUUUCUGUAUCUCAGCCGUUGUUCCCUGUUGUUAAUAAUAACCACGGACCUACUCAAAGCUCUCCUUUUCCUUCAUCUACACUUUCAACAAGCAUUCCUUUGACCUCAGCAGCAGAUAUCAAGGGCUCAGUGACACAUCUGGGCACUAACUCCUUUUCUACUAUCAGCAAUCAGGUUCCAAAUGUUCCAGGUGGAAUAUUAAGCAAUUCACACUCCUAUGCCUCGGGACCAAAUACGGGUGGUCCUUCUAUCGGACCACCUCCUGUAAUUGCAAAUAAGGCUCCUACUCAGCCAUCAACAAACGAAGUAUAUUUGGUUUGGGAUGAUGAGGCGAUGUCUAUGGAGGAAAGAAGAAUGUCCUUAACCAAGUAUCAGGUGCAUGAUGAAACUAGCCAGAUGAGUUCAAUUGAUGCAGCCAUAGACAAACGAAUCUUGGAAAGCAGGCUUGCUGGCCGAAUGCCACAUUUUAAUUGAAGGCUCCUCCAUUGGUCUGUGGCAGUUGGUUUCAGAAGAAGCUGUGGAAUUUGUAAGUCACCAGGGGCAAUGUUCGAGAACAGAUAUUCUUCAUAGAUUGAAGCUUCAACUUCAACAUCUACAUUGAAUUCAAUGCAUUGCCAGAAAUUGACAGUACACAGAGUUUUCUUUUUCCUGUCUAUGUUGUCAAUUAUUGAAAGGUGAUUUAAAUGAGGGAGUUUUUCUUUUCUCUUCUUUUCUUUUCUGUAAUUUAAACCUCUUUGUACCCAUUUUUUCCUUACUAGAGUUUUUGAGUUUAGAGAAAGAUUUGCAUUUUCGGCCUUGGAAGAUAACUCCAUCUUCCUUUCUA